AUGAGCAAGGCUAUUUGGAAUGGACGAGUAUCGAAAAAAAUGGCUGAUACAAAUUCAAUGUGUUACACAUAUGGUCGAUUCAAAACUUUAAUUAAACAACGUCUUGAUAAAUAUAAACUACAAUGUGAAAAAGCUCAAGAGGCUUUUCAUGAACAUAUGAAAAAAGCACUAGUCAUUAUGGAUAUGGAAAAUAUUACCAAUAUGAUCAAUAAUUUAAUCAAAAACCAUCAACAUCAAUUACGACUUGAACUCAAGAGAUGA